CGUUUCUUGCGGUUGCACCUAAACAUACGCAACUAAUUUAGUCAGCAAAAAGUGCGCGCGUGAGAGAGGGUGCUUAAAAAUGAAGUUCGUAAUUGAACCACGAUCGAGUGUGCAAUAUUUCAAUAGUCAAAAAGAUGAAAACAAUAACUUCACUGUGAAUAGGAAAACGACGAGAUCUUUAUUUGGACUUCCAAAGAUUGAGGAUAUUGAAGUGUUAUUGGAAGAACAGCAGAAGAUUGACAUGGAUAGGUUUAGAAUUAAUUUUGGCAUUGACAUCGCCCAGUUAGACGAAUGUGCAGAUUCCCGGUCGAUUUUGUCAAGCAAUUCCAAUGAAGGCAGUCGAUAUAGGAAGCCAAGAGCGAUUAUGGAUUUGGACAAAAGGAAGACGGGAACCACCGCCAACGCAAAGUCGCGCACAGUAGAAAAUGCAAAGGAAAAUACAAGACUUCUCAUGUGAUUUACUGUAGAUAGUUUUAGCAUUAAGGACAUAGCGGAAUAUAAUUUAUUUUUAUUACUAUAACGUAUACGCAAUCAUCGUUUUGUUUUACAUUACUUAUACUGUAAUAAUUUUCAUUUAAUAUGAU